AUGCACAGUGUUUACUUAGUCAGUAACUUUGAAGUUGUUCCCACCUACAAUCACUACAAAGUCACUGACAAUACAUUGAUAACUAUCCGUUUCAUGGACUCCACUCAAGUUAUUGAAAUUGCCGAAGCUGAUUGUUCAAUCAAGAAGAAAAAUGUAGACUGCACACAUGUUGUAGGUCAAGUUUUACAAGUCCAAGGCCCGAACUUGGAUGACGCGACCUCCAAGCAGAAAAUAGUUCUGCUUCUGUUGCUAGAAGCAGCCAUUGGGAUACCAAGGUUCAGGGUAGAGCUAUUGGUUGAAAAUGGAGGUCGAACAUCUACGUUUGUCUUGUUCGACAGAGAUGCCAGAACACUAACAAACACCACCGUGGAAGACAUCAACAUGUCCGUGGGAAAUGAAGAUCAAGCAGGUGGUAAUGCUACAGACAUACCAAUUUGUCUUCUGGAACUUGUGGGGAAAACAUUGGAUUUUCAGAUCAAAAUUUCAGAGUACAACUUCCAAUCAUCUUCUCAAACAUUUAUUGUAACUCGCGUUGUCGAGGAGAAGUUGACUGGUAACGAGGAUAGCGACACAACAAAUGUAUUUAAUCAUCGCCCAUCAGUACAAGAUUUCUAA